AUGUCAUCUGUGAAGCACUUGGUCAGGAUCCGCCCAGAACAGUCCAGAGACAUUCCAGACAUUGCAACGCUCAUCACCACGGCAUACUCGAACAACACUCGUCUCAACCACCUCGCCCUCGCUCCCGCCCUCUCACGUCUUCGCUCCGAGAGCGCGCUUCAUCAUUCUCUGGUAUCGACAUGUGGUCACGAGCAGGUCGUGGGCCACAUAGCUGCUUUUCCAGUCCUCGUCGACGGUCACGACCAAGAUUGGCUUGGCCUCGCGCCGCUCUCUGUGAAAUGGGAACUGCAAGGGCAGGGAAUCGGAACGAUGCUGGUCAAUGAACUGUUGAAAGCUCUUCGGGAGGCAGGCGUAAACGGCUGCGUCGUUGCAGGGCGGCCGAAGUUCUACCAAAGAUUUGGCUUCCAGCGAGAUCCGAAUCUGAGAUUCGCAGGAGCUCCAGCAAGUGCCUUCUUAGCAUUGCAUAUGAACGGUCCAGCCGUGAGUUGA